AUGGUCGACAGUGGGUAUUGUGAUUUCCAGAGCUUCGGACUAGAAGGUAGUGAGACUUCACAGAUUGAAAGCCGAAUACCACAAUUUGCAGCAGAUUUAAGAGCGCUUGGUCUUAGUCUGGAAGAUCUAAGACAGAAAGUCAAAUGUCCAGUACGAUGUGUCUGGGUCUCGCAACCUGGUGACAAGCAACACUGGGAAGAAUGCUUCGAGAACCUUGUACAACAAAUCCAAUCGGAGACAUGGCGUAGCCAACAGGCGUCUGGGACCAAUAACAUUAACAUUCUGAUCUGCUGCUCAGCUUCGAAACGUGUCUUAGGUGCCGAGAUGAGCGAGGAUGGCUACAUACAAGGUGCUGGCGACGAUAGCGAAGGUUGGAGUCGUGGAUUGACCGCCAAGUUGUUUUGGGACAACAAGCAGGUACUCAUGGAGGCUGUGCACGAAGGAGCUGAUUUGGAACAGCUUGUCGACGACAUUGUUGCCAGCAGUAAAGUUUCCCAGCACGUUGGUCAUGCUAUACUUGUCGCACCAACGACAAAUUUGUUCAUCGCAACCGGCAGCAACGAGGUGUCGAAGCAGACUCGAGAAACGUUCAGUAUAGUCAUUGCGUGCAACGCUAAUGUACAACAGGACGACGAAAAGCUGCUCGCACUCGGUUGCAAACAAGGCAAGCUGGGCAGCAAAGUGCUUAGGGAGAAGUUGGUUCAGGUCAAAGCACGAUGUGAACAGACAUUGAAAAAGACGCCAAAUGCAAAGGUACUAGUUACAUGUUCGACAGGCCGAGAUCUGUCAGUUGGUGUUGUCCUUGUACUUCUGUGCUGCUUCUAUCACGAUCAAGGUACAAUCGACUUUUUCCGCUUUCGGUCUAUCGACAAGCAAUUCAUCAAACAACGUCUGGCAUGGAUCACUUCGUCCAAACCAGACGCAAACCCUUCUAGAGCCACGCUUCAGGCCGUAAACUCAUUUCUGAUGGGUCGUUCCGACUGA